AUGACGGGAGAUGCCGGGACGAACCACGGAACCCGGAUGAACGAGAACCCAUCGGCGGUCAGCAGCAUUGACUUAGCAUUUAGUGAGGACGACGCAAACAGGGUUCACUUCCCCCACAACGACGCCUUGGUGGUCGAAGCCUUGAUUGAAAAUCACACUGUGUGCCUGAUCCUGGUGGACAACGGGAGCUCAGUGGACCUUUUAUAUUCCGAUUGCCUGGAGAAGAUGGGGAUCCCGAAGGAGCAAUUGGAAAGAACCUCCCGGCCGUUGUAUGGAUUUACAGGGGACUCCGUCAUCCCCCAAGGGACAAUCCGGCUGCCCAUAACCGCAGGGGAGAAGCCUCGACAAAUCAUAAUGAUGGCUAGUUUUGUGGUACUAAAAGGAGGGUCACAAUAUAAUGCCGUAAUUGGAAGGCCGACUCUUCAGACGCUGAGGGCAGUAACCUCCAUUUACCACCAGAAGGUUAAAUUCCCCACCCCAAACGGAGUAGGUGAAAUGAAGAGCAACCACUACGAGUCUAGGGUUGCAUACUCCGAUGCCUUGCGCGGAUACGAUCAGCCAGGAAGGCAGGAGACGAGAAUGGUCAAUCAGGGCGCCGUCGAAGAUAUAGACCUAAGGGUCCUGAAGGAGGCCGUGUGGUCUCAGCCCGUCGAGCAGUUAGUAGAGAUCCAGGUCGACGAGGAUGAACCAACAAAGGUGCUGAAGAUAGGCUCAGAUUUGACCCCCACCACUUAG